AUGAAUGAACGAUUGUGGAAUCAAAUGAAUAGCUUAAAAAAUGAAUUUACCAAUAUUAAGCACCAGAUGGUACCAGGCUUAAAAUUUUCAAAUAAUUCCAAUGACACAGAAUUUUUAAACCAAUUUCCUUUUCAUACAGAAGAAAGUGUUUUAGCUUGUGAAAAAUUAUUACAAGCAGACAAUAAUAUCAAAGAAAAAUGUGUGUUAUUAAAAAUGAUCACCAGCAAUAUUCAGAAUCUAACUUUGAAAAUGAUGUCCAAUCAUGGUUUAGAACUGCAAAAACAAGAUUCGACAGAGAAAAAAUCUCAAAAACAAUGUAAGAGAAUUAAAAAUAUUGGAUAUAUCUCUAAUCGUCAAUUUAAGAGACGAAUUAAAGCUCAAAUAGAAGCCAUAUCCAAUUUAUCACAAAAAUGUUCUUCAACAUUAUUAAACAAUUCUCUUGUACAUUCAAUUGUUGAAGAUCAAACUUCUGAAUCUAUUAAUAUUUCUGAUAAACUAAGGUCUUGGGUCGUUCAAUAUAACGUUUCUCAUAAUUGUUGUAAUUCUCUCCUUAAAAUAAUGAAAAGUGAAGGUUUAAAAGUUCCUAAUGAUAUAAGAACUUUGAUGAAAACCCCCAAAACCCAUAAUGUUAUAAAUAUAACUAAUGGUUCAUACAUUCAUUUGGGAAUAGAAAAUAUGGUAUUACCUAUUCUUAAAAAAAAUAAUGCUAAUAUUUAUAUACCAUAUCAUGUUAUAAAGAUAGGCAUUAAUAUCGAUGGGCUACCUAUUUCUAGAAGCUCUAAAUCACAACUGUGGCCAAUACUGAUUUCUGUUUUAAAUUUUAAAGAGCUCAUCAAUAAUGUUGUAACUGUAGGAAUAUAUCAUGGAGAUAAAAAGCCUAAUUCUGUUGAAGAAUUUAUGAAUCCAUUUGUUCUAGACCUCUUAAAUAUUAUAAAUUCUGGUUUGAAUGUUAAUGGAACACUUAUGAAACUAGAAAUAAGUAACAUUGUUUGUGAUUCUCCAGCUAAAAGUUUCCUUUUGAAUGUGAAGUCACACAAUGCAUAUUUUGGGUGCACGUCAUGUCUAGAAGAAGGUACAUAUGUAAGUCAUAGAGUGGUAUUUCCUGGAGUAGAGUCUACCUUAAGAACUGACUAUUCUUUUCGAAAUAGACUUAAUGAAGAUUACCACAAAGGACCUAGUCCAUUAGAGUUAUUACCAAUCGAUAUAGUAGAUACUGUGUGUCUUGAUUAUAUGCACAAUGUAUGUUUGGGUGUAACAAAAAGAUUAAUUGAAUUGUGGGUAAAAGGUAAAAAAGACAUUAGAAUGAUUGAUAUUAAUAUUCAAGAAGUGAAUAAUUCAAUAUUAAAAAUAAGAGAAUAUGUACCUUCUGAAUUUUGUCGUCUACCCCGCCCACUUAUUGAUAUUGAAUUCUGGAAAGCUACAGAAUUAAGAUUUUUUUUAUUAUAUUCUGGUCCUAUUGUUUUGAAAGGCAAACUUAAAAAACCCCAAUAUUAUCAUUAUUUAUUACUAGUUUUUGCCAUUAGGAUUUUAUUAUGCACUGAAACUUGUUAUACAUUAAAUGAUAAUGCAGAAUUUCUAUUAAAAAAAUUUGUUAAGGAAUAUCCUAUGUUGUAUGGUGAACAUUAUAUAUCAUAUAAUGUACACAGUUUAAUCCAUCUUCCUAAGUUUGUAAAAACUCAUGGGCCGUUGGAUAAUUUUAGUUGUUUUCGGUAUGAAAAUUAUUUGCAAAAAAUAAAAAAUAGUUUAAAAUCAACUAAAUAUCCUCUUCAAGAAACUCACAACAGAUUAAUAGAAAAACAAAAGUUAGAGUUAUCCCAGCAAUAUGAGACUCCUAAAAUGUACACCACGUUCAAUGAAACAGAGCAUAAUAUAAAUUCCCCAUUUUAUUAUGUUAAAUAUAAAAUGUUCUAUGUCCAAUUGUUUGGUAAUUCAUCAAUUGGUGUUACAUUGUGCCACAAUGCACAAUUUUAA